AGAUACAAAUCGCCGCCGUAAAUCAGACAGGAAUCACGUGCAGCUCGAAUCAGAUCAGAUCUGUGUGGAACCGCAGUGUCCGAGCUGUCUGCGCUACCUGAACGCAGCCUUGACGCACACACGCAACAGGAGCGGAGAGUGGAGCUGGUAGAUGUUUUGAUGCUAGCUUACCAGCUAACCUUUUUCGCGUACUGGGGCAAAAUUCGCCACUACGGUCAGGGUUGGGAUACGAGCAAGCUCAACGUCAGAUUGACAGUGGGUGGGAACGCCCUCGUUUAUUGUGCACUUAUGGUCAGGAUUCGAUCCAGCUAAAUGGAUUGAUUGCGUCUCACUCAAGUGAGCUACUCAUGGCCUUUUCCAAAGAGACACUUCUCCUUUAGUAGAGGUACAUAUAUGUCCAGCUACUAAGCAGGAUAUCAUUCUCUGAAUGUUGUCCCGUUCACUACAGUGCUGUAAUUUAGGGCAGCUGUUGGAAUAAACAGUUCAGUUUGGACUAUCUGCACCCAGGUUUUCAAUUCUUACCCACUUCUAGAAGGUCAGGAUGCCACGGUCCAAAGAAAUUUCCGAAGACCUCCGCAAAAAAGUGGUCGAGGCUCAUCAGUCUGGAAAAGGGUACAAGCUAAUUUCCAAGGCUCUGGGGCUCCCCAAGACAACAGUCCGAUCCAUACUGUGCAAAUGGAAGCGCUUCGGGACAGUCGGGAAUCGACCCAGGAGUGGCCGUCCCCCCAAAAUCUCUCCGGGAACGAGGCGGGAUAUCAUCCGCGAAGUGAUGAAAAACCCUUGCACCACCUCCAAGGAUCUGCAGGCCACUCUGGCCUCGGCCAACAUCCGCGUUCAUGACUCCACCAUCAGGAGGAUACUGGGAAUUCAUGGAAGACCAACUCUAAGUGGCCUUGAGGAUAGCAUGGAGUUAAAAGCCUCCUCUGAGGAAGAGGGGGGCAUCCAAGAGACUUCAGAAAAGUUGUCCGACAUUUCGGAUGAGUUUAAUCGAGACGUAAAGGUCGAAGAAGACCAGAAUGACUCGGAAUACGAUCCCGUCGUGGUUCCCAAUGACGAAGAGGAGAAUUUGGAUGAAGGUGAAGCUGCUGGCCAGGAUGGUGAAGACUAUCGUGGUGGUGGUGGUGCUGGUGAUGACAACAAUGAGAAGCGUACCGAAAGUGGAGAUGACACUGACAGUGACUGGUGGUGAGAUAAUCACCUUGGUGGAGAGGUCAGUUGUGGCCAUGGUGGUGAUGCCAACAAUGGUGGAAGUUGUGGUGGUUUGGAGACUGAAGAGGACACAAGAACUUUUUUACUGAUAGCACAAAGCUAGCACCUAACCUAAACCGAGUCUGACUCACAAUGGUUAGGAGAACCACCAAAAUUUCUGAACACUGGGGCGGGGUGGGGGUUAAGGUACCAAACUACACAUGUGGUGAGUGAUGUCAUGGUAUGCCUUCUUGGCAAUUUAGCCAGUUCUUGAAGUGAUAAAGUAGAAAUCAGUCAUCUAACUGAUGAGAUGAUGUACAGUACAUGCAAAGGUGCUUACAGUUUGAAGUAGAAUGGCACUAAAGGUAGGGCUGUUAUUUAGAGCCCUUAAGAGUUUAAUUAGUGAGGAUUUUAGGGCCGAUGACACUACCAGUCAAAAGUUUGGACACACCUGAUUGCAUGUUUUUCAAGUUUUUUUUUGAGGCUUUGUGGUCUAAAACUUUCAGAGCUGCUUAUGUUUGAAUUUAUGUCAAGUACAUUUUAAUUUAGAACUAGCAAAAUGUGCAAUUGGAGAAAAAGCAGAGUUGAUCAUUACAUUAUGCUAAUUUAUGUUUCCGUUAAAAGUUAAAAAGGUGUCAUGUCUCUCCUCGUUAAUGCCUUUCAGCCAGUCGUUUUUGGUGUGACCAUGUAGGGUGGGGUCUGUUUGGUAGAAGGCCAAUAUUAAUGAUUGGAGCAAGUCCAUAUGAACUAUUUCAUAGUUAAAAAGAUAAUAAAUAAACAAAACCUGUUCUGUGAGUGGGCGUGUCCAAACUGUUGACUAAUUUUUGGUGAUGUAUACUGGACCAAUGUUUGUUCCUUGUAUCUGGCUAAAAUAGCUGGAUGGAAAAAACUUUGAAACAAGCUUAGCUUGGCUUAUUCAUGAGUUCUCAAGCAAAAAAUGCACAAAACGACAUAAAAGUCAUAAAAUUUUCAUAAGCAUGGCUGUUACUAACUAUGAGACACCAAAGCUCAGUUACGUUCUUAAACCGAUAGCGAAAGGUCCAUGAAAAGUCUAAGAUACAGUUUACAAAUGCAGCCAAACAUUCUGAAUGGAGUCGAACAGCCAAGACAUGUUUGGUAACAAGCUUGCUCGAAUAAUUUUGCACUGGAGGCUAAUGUCACUUUUAUUAUAAAUAUGGACAUCACAUACAGGUGUGUGCAAAACAUUUUUUUAAUAUAUUUUUUUCAAUAUGUUAAAUAGAAAUUGUGCACCAAAUUGGAGGAAAAUGCCAUAUUUAGCAUAUUUUGCGUAGCUAAUAACAUCUUGAAGCCUGAAUUUUUCCGUUUUUUUUUUUUUGGUUCAUAUUUAUGGAUAACAGUAUUACAGUGUUACUUUAGCAAGUCUAUUUGAGAUUAUGUAACAACUCCACUCAGUUUAGAACAAAUUAUGAUUUAGGCAUGGAGUUAGCACAAUGCUAAUUGGUGCAAAUCUAUAAGUAUUAAUUACUUGUUAGCUACGUUAGCCAUGUAGCUCCAAUACAGCACUAAAGAAGCAAACUUCAGACACCAAACAUGUCUUGGCUGUCAUUUUGGUUAAGGGGGAAAUUGUGUAAAUGUGUUUUCUAUUUAUUUAUUUAUUUGCAUUCCCCUCAUGGCUAUGUUUCACUUAGACCGUUGAAGUCAUGUUGUCGUUCUGUAGGCGGCACCAUGCCCUUAUUCUCAUAUAAGGAACUGCGGGUCUAAAAGGAAUUUCUCUGUGAGAAGAAUGAAUGAGGUUUUCGAAAAUUACUGCUGUGGCAUCCUGUGGUAAUCAAAAAUGUUCCAAAGCUGAUAUGUUUUGUCUGAUGCACAUUUUAAUUUUCAAUAUCCCUGGAUGUGAAUAUUGAUAUAUUUAAGAUAAUGCUACUGUGCACUGAAUUGACAUCAUUAGACUGACAGCUUCCUUAAAAAACGUGCAAACCGACAUGCUUUGCCAGUGUGGUAGCCCUACAAGCUGACCUUAAAUGAUGCAAUAGUUACAUUCUGGCACCUGGGGCGCUAUAAUAACUGCUGCACCACUUAAGGUGGAACGGGAAAUUUGAACAAGAAGCUGGUGAAUAAGAAGCUGAAUUCAGCUUUGUAGUUUUAAUGCUGGUAGUAUUUUUUUUUUAUUUGAUUUUUCCCAAUUUUCUCUGCAAUUUAGUUGUAUCCAGUUUCACCCACUUGUUAGGACUCCCCCAAUCACACAAUACCACCAGCGGAGGGUGAAGGCCAGCACAGGCUUUCUCUGAGACUUGUUAAGCGCAUCUAUUCGAACUGUCGCUAACGUAACGUCCGUGGACAGCUGAACGUGCUUGGAGGAGAACGCUAACCGCUGGUAAUGCUGGUAGUAUUUUUUGAUAAGGUGAUUUAAGCUAGCGAAAUAUCCUGCCCAGAGGUUUUACGGAGCUGCCCAUAAAUAUGCGCUACGGUAGGUCCGUGUAGCUUAGUGACGUGAAAUUGUAGCGCAGGAGCGUUAGCUUGCUUGUUGCAACAUUAAUAUUACGACUCUUUAAAGACCUUGUAAUUCAGAAGAUCUGAUGUUAUACAGGAGAAAAAUGUACACGGUAAAACGUAUCGAGUUUGAACUUUUUUAUCUACCACAGGGUGCGCUAGAGGCAAAUUUUAAAAAACCCAUUCAUUCUGGCCAUAGGGAAACCCGGAGUUUCAAAUAUGGGCAUAACGCAGACUACAGAAUGACCCACUACUUCAGUAGUCUAAUGGUUAGCAGAAUCCUUAUUAUUGUUUCCUCCAACCAAACCAAAAAUGAGAUUUGUAACUAACACUUGGAAUAAGAUACAUGCUGAAAUAGCAUUGAUGUUUGAAGCAUUGUCCUUGUUUAUAGCUCAUUAUUUCGAAUUACUUGUAUAAAAAGUAAGUUUGACUGAUUCCUAAAGUUCUGUAAAUAACUUGUACAUGUUUAUGUAUUUCUGUAUUGGACGAGGCCUUCGGGAGGCGCGGAGACGAGAAUUUGUCUUGAGUUCCGUUAUAAAGGAACUGAGAGGUCAUGCUCUGUUGUUCUUUUUGAGCUAUGAAAGAGGUAUGCUUGUUAUUUUUGUGCCAAACCAACCUUUUCAAGGUUGUUAAAGAUUGUCCUGUUUUUCUUCCCUCAAAUAAAAUGAUUAUCUUUGGGUUGUAAAA